GUUAGUGCUGAUAGAGCCUUGUUCGUGGAAUCCUUCCAGUUAUGGAGGCCGGGAUUCAUGAGUUUAGCUAAUUAAAAACUGUUUAUUGAGCGAUCAGUAGUAGUACAGGGGGAAAGGCAACAGCCCUUUGACUCACAGGGCUCCACGGAUGGAACAGAGUGAGGAGUGUACUAAUGGAGCACGCUGGGGGGUCCUGGCCCAGCCUUGGGAGAAAAGGAGUUGGACUCAGGAAAAACAGGAAGUGAUAUUUGUCUGAGACCCAGGGACUGAAGGAAUUGGUCAGGGAAGGGAGGAUGUAAGCGACAGGGGUGGUAGAAUUCAGGGAGCAAAAAGGUUUCGGACAAAAGUGCAGCGAUGAGGGAGGUAACGUAUAGGACUGGUGGGCGACUGCAGUGCCAUUGAACUUUGGUGCAGGAGUAGACACAAACGAGUUGGAGAGGUAAACCAGGGCUCUGGACACCAGUGUACAUUGUUCAUAUUUUAUCCUGGGCGCAGUGGGGAGUGACUGCAUAAUAACAUUUGUUGAGUGAGUGCAUGCAGUGUGGUUGCCGACUUUUUCACUGGAAGCAUAUGGGGAAGAAAAAAGAAUUUGUACUCUCCAGGGGAAAUGAAGAAACUCAGGCUGAGAUGUUAAGAAAAUUGCCCACGUGCACACAGCUAGGAAUGAAGGAUGGCAGCACGCCAUGCAUUAAAAGCUGUUUUGGUGGAUCUCAGUGGCACACUUCACAUUGAAGAUACAGCUGUGCCAGGCGCACAGGAAGCUCUUCAAAGGCAAGGUGCUACUUCUGUAAUGGUUAGGUUUGUGACCAAUACAACCAAAGAGAGCAAGAAAGACCUCUUGGAAAGAUUGAAGAAAUUGCAGUUUGAUAUCUCUGAAGAUGAAAUAUUCACUUCUCUGACUGCAGCCAGAAACUUGGUAGAGCAGAAACAAGUCCGACCCAUGCUGCUGGUUGAUGAUCGGGCCCUACCUGAUUUUAAAGGAAUACAAACAAGUGAUCCUAAUGCUGUGGUCAUAGGAUUGGCACCAGACCAUUUUCAUUAUCAAAUUCUGAAUCAAGCAUUCCGGUUGCUCCUGGAUGGGGCACCUCUGAUAGCAAUCCACAAAGCCAGGUAUUACAAGAGGCAAGAUGGCUUAGCCCUGGGGCCCGGACCAUUUGUGACUGCUUUAGAGCAUGCCACAGAUACCAAAGCCACAGUCGUGGGGAAACCAGAGAAAACGUUCUUUUUGGAGGCAUUGAGGAGCACUGGCUGUGAACCUGAGGAGGCCAUCAUGAUUGGAGAUGAUUGCAGGGAUGAUGUUGGUGGGGCUCAGAAUGUCGGCAUGCUGGGCAUCUUAGUCAAAACUGGGAAAUAUCGAGCAGCAGACGAAGAAAAAAUUAAUCCACCUCCUUACUUAACGUGUGACAGCUUCCCUCAUGCCGUGGACCACAUUCUGCAGCAUCUACUGUGAACCAUUAUGUGAAUCAGAAGCAACUUGAAACGCAGCUUUUCAUUGUCUGGAAAGAAUCCCUCAACAACUUAAUGCCAGUGCCACUUAAUGACAGACAGAGACCACUCAGCCCUGGUCACCAUUUAACCCUCUUUUGUUGGGCAGUAAUUAGAAAGAAAGGUAUUGAACUGCAGCCAGACACCAAGCCUGGCUAAUAAUCCCUUUUGUUUUUUUUCCGUAAAAGAAGAUGAGAUCCAAAGAAAGGGAAAGCUGAGAUUUUGUGCCAUUCCUUUUAAAAUAUUCAUCAGGUUAGCGGCGCUGGGGAAGAGUCUCCUGCAGGGAGCCUGUUCUCUGUUGUCUCCUCGCUGGUAAAUUGGAGGGGUUCAGACUCUGAAUAAAGUUGAAUGGUGUUUUUUAAGUUAAAAAGUAUUGCAUUAAAGUGCAUUAGGCUGUAGUUUUAAUAUUGAGUUCAACUGUGAAAUCCAUCAGAAGUGCCAAGUAGGGUACAGGACAGAAGAAGCAGAAUAAAGUGUCCUUUAGCCCAAGUGAAGGAGUGAAUUUGCUUUAACAGAUGUUGAAAACUAGAUUAGCUACUGUAUUAUUCCCAGCACGGGUGACUUCUUUUUCUCUUCGUUAGCCAGAGAUGAGUAAUUUAAAUUUAGAACCUGGUUUUAAUUUAAAAUAAUAUUUCCAUUAAUAACCUAUUCAUUGCAGAUACCUAUUAUACUGUGUAACAGUUGUUUUGGAAAUUUUAUGUAAAAUUAAAACUAUCAGUAUUUUACAGAUGUUUUAAUUAGACAUUGUUAUUAACAGGAACAGUGCAGAAACUAAAAUCAAGCCUUUAAUGUCUUAUAGACCAUGCAUUUUUGAGGCUAGUGUCCACCCGGGUCCUAUUAACUGUACAUUUGCAAGAUUUCAUUAUUUUUGCCUCUGACACUAUGGGAAAAAUCUUUCAGAAGCUAUUGGGACAGAUUCAAGCUUUUAUGUACUUGGUUACUAGGGCUGUAAAAUGAAAUCUCGUCUUGCAGCAUGGAUUCUUCUUCUCAUGUUAAACCCACCAAAAUGAAGGGGACUAAAUAGGUAAUGAUUUUCUUAGUGCAUUUGCAUACUGUGAUGAUCCUGGGCCUUUGCAAUUGUUUUACUGGGCUCUUGGGCACUGGAUUAUUAGCUUGUAAUUGUCCAUUAUCGUGGUGCUCACCUUACUGAAGCGCACAGCAGUGUUAAUGAGCUCUGGGUUUUGAUGCUUGUUUAGAGAUCAGCUUGGUCUUGGAUGGGAGGGAGUAAAGCUAAAUAAAUGGCCGCCUCCUCUCCUUCUGGU